GUCCGAAGACGACUCACUGACAUCGCCGCGAUCGGUUGUUCGACAUAGUACUGCAAGAUUAUAGUGCUCGCUCCGUUUCCGUUUCGCUUGGAAUUCGCCGUUUUCGUGAUCGACUGGUGGGCGCCCCUCUCCCUAGACCGACUGACUCCCCCAUCUUGCCGAGAAACCGAUGUGUGAAACAAGCUUUUGCGUUUCAAGCUGAGACACACGUACACCCGAAAACAGCGAUAAUACGAAUUGGCCACGCUCGUUGUUUGGUUAAUUCAAUUAAGUGCGUCGGACAGAAGAAAGCCACUUGGCUAGCCACCGAAACCAAGUGAUAAUCUAUCAAGCCGCCACAAAAGCGCUUUUAUUGGGCCCUAAAAAAAAAGAAAGUCGCCACACGAAGGUUACACAACCGAACCGUGCAAUUGACCCACGGAACACGGAUCACAGAUCACGGAGCACGAAUCCCCUGAACUCUCCGUGUAGUGCGGAGUACGCAACAUAAAAGCAGCAACGACACCAUGACGACUGCGGCGAAAGUAAUCUUGGCCUGCUGCCUGCUGGGCGCCUUCCACAUUCAGAUCAGCUCGUCAUCGGCCAUUCCCAUCUGGGAGUUCCUGACCCGCAACGAGAAGAUGUCCCACCUCUACUCAACAUUCGCUCAAUUGGUAAGCGUGCACUGCAAGUCAACAGCCGCCGUCGGAGGCCUCCCAGUGAACCAGUGCAAGCACAACCUGCUCGGUUACGGGUCCGCCAAGCUGCAGACGCUCUCCGACGUACAGCUGGAGGCACUAGAUCCGUAUCAGCGCGAUGCCAACGAGCUGAGUAAGUGCCUCUAUCUGCGUGGGAGAAUGAUUGAUUUCCGCGUCAGAACUUCCGCAGUGCGCAGUCGCGACGUGCUCGACGUGAGCUCUAAAUCUCGGUGUCGAUCUAAUCGCUCUUUUCUUCCGCAGUCUGGUCAUCGAUUAUGGGGGACCAUCCGAGCGGAGCCAGCCUGGUGACAACGAGGCAGCCGCUCCAACAGCCCCUGCCAACUCCUCCUGCGUCCUCUCUGAUCAUCCUAACGCGCCAGCAACUUCCGCACGGAGCAUCCCAUGCCCACCCCAUCCAGAGCUCCGGCUCCGCCACCAAUCCAAUCUUCGAGAGCGGCGAGCAGAAGCACAAAUACGCCAUGGACAUGGACAAGGCCUACGGCUACGGGCCGCAGUCCAGCAGUGAGCUCCCAAUGGCCGCCGCACUGACUUCAGAACCGUCCAAAAGAUUCCUCACCGGACCUUUGGUGAUCCGGGUGCGACCCGAUGGCUCCCCGGUGGAGGAGGACAAGAUGAUGCCACUGCCGCGGGACGAAGACCUGCCCUACUUUCAUCUUGGUCUGGCCGCCGCUCAGCCCAACAGGCACCGCAAGAUCGCCACAAUCAGCUCCUUAAAGCAGCAGCACUUCGCCUCUAUCCUGCAGAGCGACCUCCAGCCACCCCACCAGACGCAGAGGCGUCUGUUCCGCCAGCAACAGGCGUAAGAUCGCGGUCAGAGGAUCCGCAGGCCUAGACCUAAGUCCUUGUGUGAAUGUGAUAGAGCAGAUGAGGAGAUCCUGCAUCAUAGAGUGCGAGAGUGAACGUGUGAGUCUUCUAGUUGUAGCCGUUUGAGGAGUUUUCUUGAAUGCACUUGAGCUUUAAUGGAAUUUCGUAUCGUAUUCGUUUAAGUUUUUUUAAUUUUAUUUAUUCGCGUGCAUUAGUCGUAAGAUCACAUAGAGAUUCUUGAGUAAUAAACCGCAUGAUGAUUAUCAUUGUUACGAACGU